UUCGCGUGGCGAAGCAGUCAGGAACAGUGAUACCGUUUCCUGAUCGAUCGAGUCUGGUGGCCGACUGGUCUGAUUACAAAGCUGGCCCGAAGGACACACCACCAGAGAUCGCGAUGGAGAAGUCAUACAAUUAUAAAGAGGAUGUCCAAGCUAUGAAGAUCCUACGGCAAACCAUGA